AUGGGUGGUGGUUUCAAUGUUGUUGAAAAAAAAAGUGUAGAUCGAAACGAUGAGGGCGAUGACGAUGGUAUACCCCCUUUUGCCUACUAUGCUCCGUUGUCCUCGAGGUUGUCUACCAAUUAUGUUGGUUAUGCUGGUUGGUCGACGAGUUGGUACUCAAUAAUUGGUUUCAUUGUUUUCUUAUUCUGGACAAGGGUGAUUUGUGAGGCGUUACGAUCGGAAUCGACCCCUGUAAUUUCGGACCGUACAUUAAUCCAUCCUUCUAGUGGUGUCGAUGGUGAGAUUUAA